UUUUUUUUUUACCUACUCUCUAUCUCUUCAUCCAACCUGACGCCUUCUUCCCACCUUCGAUUCUUCCCAAUCAUUGAAUCAAGAUUAAUCUACAACAACUACCAACAUCACACAAUCCCCAGAACGUAUUACUCUCUACUUCUAGAGAGUCUUUACGUCCAUUCAUUUUCCUUCCCUCAUUUCUUCAUAGUACGACUUGCAUCAGUGCAAUAGUCGUGCGCUCAAUUAACCCAAUACCCCACCAAGAUCGCCGCCUUCAGUCUUCUUGAAUUCUAAGCCGUGCUUGGAAUUCUUGAAGUCGCAUCGAUCUUUCAACCGCAAUCAUGGCUGAUAAAGGGCUCGAGGAUAUCGAGCAGUCUCAGAUUGAGUCUAACUAUGACGAGACUGUCGACUCUUUCGAUGAAAUGAACCUGCGACCUGAGUUGUUGCGAGGUGUUUACGCUUAUGGAUUCGAGCGUCCGUCUGCUAUCCAGCAGCGUGCUAUCAUGCCAGUUAUUAAGGGCCACGAUGUAAUCGCGCAGGCCCAAUCCGGUACUGGCAAGACCGCUACUUUCUCUAUCUCCGUUCUACAGAAGAUCGACCCUACACUUAAGCAGUGCCAGGCACUCAUUCUUGCGCCUACCCGUGAGUUGGCUCAACAGAUCCAGAAAGUCGUCGUCGCCAUUGGCGAUUUCAUGAGUAUCGAGUGCCAUGCCUGCAUCGGUGGUACCAGUGUCCGUGAUGACAUGAAGGCCCUCCAGGAUGGCCCCCAGGUUGUCGUCGGUACUCCUGGCCGUGUCCAUGACAUGAUCCAGCGACGAUUCUUAAAGACGGAUGGCAUGAAGAUGUUUGUUCUUGAUGAGGCUGAUGAGAUGCUUUCUCGCGGGUUCACUGAGCAAAUCUACGAUAUCUUCCAACUCCUUCCCCAGUCGACCCAGGUCGUUCUCCUUUCCGCCACCAUGCCCCAGGACGUCCUCGAAGUCACCACCAAGUUUAUGCGAGAGCCUGUCCGCAUUCUUGUUAAGAAGGAUGAACUUACCCUCGAGGGUAUCAAGCAAUUCUACAUUGCUGUCGAAAAAGAAGAGUGGAAGCUUGACACACUCUCUGAUCUCUACGAGACAGUCACCAUCACUCAAGCUGUCAUCUUCUGCAACACGCGCCGAAAGGUCGACUGGCUCACCGACAAGCUAACUGCUCGUGACUUCACUGUCUCGGCCAUGCACGGUGAUAUGGACCAGUCCCAGCGUGACCUUAUCAUGAAGGAGUUCCGCUCUGGAUCUUCUCGUGUCCUAAUUGCCACUGAUCUUUUGGCUCGUGGUAUUGAUGUCCAGCAGGUGUCUCUGGUCAUCAACUAUGACCUUCCCGCCAACCGCGAGAACUACAUCCACCGCAUCGGUCGUGGCGGUCGAUUCGGCCGAAAGGGUGUUGCCAUCAACUUUGUUACUGCUGAUGACGUUCGCAUGAUGCGUGAGAUUGAGCAGUUCUACAGCACUCAGAUCGAGGAGAUGCCGAUGAACGUUGCGGAUCUCAUCUAAGCAUCCCAUUUUGGGGUGCUUAAGUCUAUGACUUAUGUGUGGUCCCGUCUUGGUAGGGGAUAGAAGAGUCUAUCUCUUGACGGUCGACUAAGGGAUUCCGGAGAGUCGAGUGACGGGUUGAUGAUGCUCCCGUCUAUCAUGUUUUAUGUUGGCACGUCUAAGGCCGUGCAUUGGCCGGAUAUGGGCCGGAUAAGUGGAAAAGUAAGCAUCUGGGCAUUUGCGGCUAAUUAUCUAGCACCUAAUUCUCACUGGUGAUGCAUAUUGCCUGACGAUGGGGAUCUCGGGCUAGGUUAUUUACAUGCUGCUUUCCCGUCUCUUUGUAACUAGGUCGCGAGAUUCUUUCCUAAAUCAACACUGUGAAUUCUUAUACGCUUUGUUUUAUUGCAGAUGUGAAUCUUGAAGCUUGAGUCUUUUAGUCUAACACUUUUCUUGAAGGGCUCUACAUAUGUAGGUACCUAGAAAAGCCAUGGUAACCUACAACCCCAUCAUCCAUAGAAUCUCCAAUACAUAUUUUAUGUAUAUUCAAGGGAGCACUGAUUAAUGUACUUGCACGUGAAUUCAUGGCCAAGAGAAGGGAAGGUUAGGUAGUAUCAAAUCUGGAGAGUAGCAACAGUAUCUAUCUAG